CACAAUAUACGUGUUCUUCGCAACAAUGCUGAGGAAAACAAUAUAAAUAUUAAUUUAAAAUACUUUCCUCUUACGGCUUACAAGAGAACCGUACAGCACGUGAUACAGUAUUGUUUUAUAUAAGCAUCUUUAACUAAUUUAGAGGAGAAGUGAUAUUAUAAUACAAAAAAUAUAUUAACAAUUUCGUGCAUACGUGUUAACAUCAGUGUUACGAGAAGAUAGUGAAGUUAUUGUUCCAUGAAACGGUGAAGUGUAUCCAAGUUAGUUUUAUUCCGAUUAUUAGAUAAGUGUUAAUAAUGAUUAACGAAAAAGUAUCAACGCGUACGGGUUUCUGGGCAUUAUUCAUCGUUGGAGGCAUAACUCUUGUAUCAGCAGCACCAGCGACUUUUAUAUCUUGGGAACCUGAAAAGAGCGAUCCGGACCAAUGCCAUCCAACCAUUAUCGCACACAGGGGAGCAAGUGGAUACGUACCCGAACAUACUCUAGGUUCAUACGCCCUAGCUAUUAUAAUGGGAGCAGAUUACGUUGAACCAGAUUUAGUAAUGACUAAAGAUGGUCAUCUUGUUGCACGACACGACAAUGAGCUUGGACUGACUACUAAUGUCGCCGAUCAUCCCGAAUUCGCUGAUCGACACCGAAAUCAAACAGUCGACGGAAACCAAAUAAGUGGUUGGUUUACUGAAGACUUCACGCUAGCUGAAAUAAAAACCCUCAGAGCUAUCGAACGAAUCCCAAACAUACGACCGGGCAACGCACGUAUGAAUGCAGUGUUUACGAUCCCAACAUUUCAAGAAAUCAUUGAUCUUGUAAAGAGUUUACAGGUCAGUCAAAAAAGAACCAUUGGUUUAUAUCCAGAAAUAAAACACAGUAGUCAUUUUAAAAAAUUAGGACUGGCUAUGGAACAACGUUUAGUUGAUACAUUCCAUUCGAACGGUUAUAGAGGAAUUAAAGCCCCUGUGUAUAUCCAAUCAUUUGAAGUAGAAAAUUUAAAGGAACUGAAGGAAAUUACUGGCCUUCGUUUGUUGCAAUUAUAUGAAAGCGAUAAGUCCCUUCAACCUGCCGAUCAAGUUAUACAUGGAACUAAUCUAACUUACGGUGAUAUGGCCACACCAGAAGGAUUGCAGGAAGUUGCUAAAUAUGCCUACGCUGUUGGACCAGAUAAAUCGUUUAUUAUUCCUCGUAAGGAAGAUAACACACUCGGAGAAGUGACAAGUUUUGUGAACGAUGCACAUGCAGCAGGUUUAAAGGUGCACCCAUAUACUUUCAGGGCAGAAAAUACUUUUCUACCAAAAGAAUUUCAAAGCGAUGACCCAGAACUUUCAGCCAGAGGAAAUUUAGUCGGUGAAUUACGAGCAUACAUCGCUGCGGGUAUUGAUGGUCUAUUUUCAGAUCAACCUGAUAUACCAGUUAGUAUUCGAGAGAACUGUUAGUGAAUAUCUUUUAGUGUCUAUAUAUACCUAGUACAUAGCAUAAAUAAAUACAGUUUAUAAGUCAAAUUAUGUAGGUACCUUUAUUAUACAUUUUAUUUUAAAAA